AUGGACAGCUACACCCUGUGGGCUAGCGACACGCCCCAGGGUCCCCAAGAGACGGGCCCUCCCUGUAGCACAUUACACCGCAGACUCAAAACAGGGAAAGAAGCGAGCACAUUUAGGACCAACCCCAGUGCCCACGGCAAGGAUUGGGGAGCCCAGCCUCACCUGGACGCACCGCCUCUGCGCGGGGACACGGCCUGGGUGGGGCCCGGACGCCCGGACCCCGAGCCCCCUCGGGCCCCUCCGCGUGAGCGGCCUGCACCGCGGUGUCCGGGCCUCGCUCGUCGGGGUGGACAUGGCCGGGCCCAGACCCCAGAGCGCCGCUGCCCCGGAGGUCUGGUGGCUUCCGAGGAUGUACGGCUGUCCCGGGCGCCCGCCCACGUGCCCGCCGUGCAGGCACACGGCUGCUCGGCCACUACAGCAGGUGCCCCGGGGCUCUGGGCACGAGGGCCGCCUUUCACCUGCUGCUCCCCCGGGGUGCACGGUCGCCGGCCCCGGGCCUGCCAGGUGGCAGAUGAGCGUUUCCUGUUCGGGCCGGCCGCGGCCCUCGUCCUGGAGUGCGGCUCAGUUGCCCAGAGCUCCAGGGGUCAGGACCGGCCUCUGCCUUCUGUGGGAGAGUACUUGGGGUGCAUUGAAGUUCUCCGCUCAAUGAGGUCUCUUGACUUCAGUACAAGAACACAGAUUACCAGGGAAGCCAUCAGCCGCGUCUGCGAAGCCGUCCCUGGCGCCAAGGGAGCCUUCAGGAAGAGAAAGCCUCCCAGCAAAAUGCUGUCCAGCAUCUUGGGCAAGAGCAACCUCCAGUUUGCGGGCAUGAACAUCUCCCUGACCGUGUCCACCGCCAGCCUGAACCUGCGGACGCCCGACUCCAAACAGAUCAUCGCCAACCACCACAUGCAGUCGAUCUCGUUCGCCUCCGGGGGAGACCCGGACACAACCGACUACGUUGCGUACGUAGCUAAGGACCCUGUUAACCGCAGAGCGUGUCACAUUCUGGAGUGCUGCGACGGGCUGGCCCAGGAUGUCAUCGGCUCCAUCGGACAGGCCUUUGAACUCCGGUUUAAGCAGUAUUUGCAGUGUCCUUCCAAGGUCCCCGCUUUCCAUGACCGAAUGCAGAGUCUGGACGAGCCUUGGACCGAAGAGGAGGGGGAUGGCUCAGACCACCCGUACUACAACAGCAUCCCAAGCAAGGCGCCCCCUCCGGGGGGCUUUGUGGACGUGCGGCUGCAAGCCAGACCCCACGCCCCUGACACGGCCCAGUUUGCAGGCAAAGAGCAGACGUACUACCAGGGGAGACUCCUGGGAGAGCCGUUCGGCAAAGACUGGAGGCAAGCACCUGUCCGGCAAGGGUCCUUGGACACCUACAGCCUGCCGGAAGGGAGAGCUCACGCGGGCCCCGGAGAAGCCCCCACCUACGUGAACGCCCAGCACAUCCCACCGCAGGCCACACCGGCCUCCGGCAGCAGCGCGGAGAGCAGCCCGCGGAAAGACCUCUUCGACAUGAAACCCUUUGAAGACGCUCUCAGGAACCAGUCCUCGGGGCCUGUGCUGAGCAAGGCGGCCUCCGUGGAGUGCAUCAGCCCUGUCACGCCCAGAGCCCCGGAUGCCAAGAUGCUGGAGGAGCUGGAAGGGGAGCCUUGGUACCAAGGGGAGAUGAGCCGGAAGGAGGCCGAGGGGCUGCUGAAGAACGACGGGGACUUCCUGGUCAGGAAGAGCGCCACCAACCCGGGCUCCUUCGUCCUCACGGGCAUGCACAACGGCCAGGCCAAGCACCUGCUGCUCGUGGACCCGGAGGGCACGGUCCGGACGAAGGACAAGGUCUUUGACAGCAUCAGCCACCUCAUCAACCACCACCUGGAGAACAGCCUGCCCAUCGUCUCUGCUGGAAGUGAGCUCUGUCUCCAGCAGCCAGUGGAGAAGCCCCUGUGACCGGCCGGCCACCCCGUCCUGACCCUGCACUGAUGGUCAGGAGACCUGGUUCUUCCCGGGAAAUGGGUACGGGGGCUAUGGAAACUCGGGCAGCCGCCCACAGGCUCAGAGCCUUGUCCAAAUGCCCCAGGAGGAAGGUGUCCGAAAAGUGCAAGUUUCAUAAACUUGUCCUGAUUUUCUCGUGUGCAUAUUAAAGGUGUACAUACCUAUACAUCCUGUACAAAUUAGCCCUCUAUAUUUAUAUUUUUUAAGACUAAGAAAGAUGUAAGACUAACGUUCUGUGCUGUAUGUUUUUAAUGGAAAAAAAGUUUGACUCUAGUUGUCCGGGCAAAAAAUUUAAUUCAACUGACCCAUUCUCCUGAGAAAUUCCCCUAGGAAGGUGUGGCCUGCAAUCUUACCCGAUAAGCACAACACGGGGACUAGAAGCAGGCAGGAGGGUUCUAAAAAUAUGGAGUAAAAAAUACGGAGUCGGCGCAGAAGAAGGCAGGCUGCCACCCGAAAGGGCCUAGCUCUGGUCCCGGGGGCCGCCCCGCGGGGUGUUGGCGCCCCCUCCCUCCGCCAUGACGCCCCCCCCGCCCCCCCGGUCGUCUGCACUGCACCGUGAGCUCCCGGCUCUCGCACCUGACACCUGGUGCCGCCGAACUGUCAACCCGGCCGUGUCGGUGGUGCCUGAGCAUGGGAAUCCCGUCCCCCUUGACCUCAGUUGUCCAGGGUUCUCAAAGAUCUUACUGCCAGAUGUGGCACCAAAGGAGCCUCAGUGACCAACAUCUUCACUGGCAAACUCUUCCAUUGCUCCCAUCUGUGUUACUGUGGGGGGGGGGGCGGGGGGCUGGCUGGGGCGAAGUCUUGGCUUCUGUGUCCUUCCAGCCAAUCCAAUGAUGGCAGGCCGCCGCGGUAGCUGCUAGAAAACCGUCCCUGCCCUGAAUCCGACAGCGAAAAAUGCACCGGUACGAGCUGUGUCGAAGGCAGAUCUGACACGCGUGCUCCGUCCCGGAGACGUGUGCGCGGCCGUGGCUCUUGCCCCACGUUUGCCUGAGGUUGGUGACUCGGGCCCGUGGGAUCGGUCGGAGGUUUCCUGCUUCUCGAGUGGUCGGUGGGUUAGGUGGCUGGUUGUCUCUGCAGCAGAUUUCCCAGUUGCUCCGUGGAAAGGGCCCGUGCCCCACAGAGCUCUGUCUUGACCCCUUCCUUUGAGCUGGAGUACUGGGAUUUCUUACGGGGUCAUUCGGUGUCGGGAGGUCAACAGUGCCUGUAACUUUUAAAAAACGCCCGUGUUGACAUUACCAUGUGAUUUUAACAGAUGCUGUCUUUUAAAAGAUAGAAGGAUCCAUUCGUCGGCUGGCACCUUCUAAUUGGUGCCACGGCACAGGCCCCUGUCCUGUGCGGCCCCACGGUGCAAGGCACCCCUGGGUCGGAGCAACAGAAGGACUUUCCGCGCGCUUAGAGUGGGACGGUAAUAAAUUCGAUGCUUCAAGAGUGAGGAGUUAAGGGUGGAUUUAAAAAAUUCUGUUGAGUGAAUCUGUGAAGUUCUAAUGCUAAAUGAACCCCAUUUCUGUUCUUGGGGUGUGUGUGUCCAGGAUGGAAGAUGGGGUGAAGCUUGUGGGUGACGGGGGAGUCGGGCAGCUCCACAGAUGUGUGUGGGGCUUCUUAGGAGUUUUUGUCCCUUGAGGGUCCAGUGGAUCCAAGAUGACGGUGGCUUCAGUCUUCUAGAAUGUUCUGCCGUGGAUUGGAACUAACGUAGGACCAUCCGCCUCUUCCUGG